GCCCCGCCCUCCAGACCCGGCUACGCGGAGGAGCGAAGAUGGCCGGACGGGCCUCAGGAGUGAAGUGGUCGCCGGUAGCGGCGGCCGCAGCUCCGGCUGUAAGGCUGUGACCUGGUGCGCGGCAGCCACCCGGGCCAGCCAGACCUUGCAGGCGGCGCAGACAGAGGCGCACAGGAUCCGGAGGGCGCCGGUGCGAGGGCGCCCAGCAGAGGAUGCGCCGGGUGCGGCGGGCGGCUCCCCGCGGCCGCCCCCGCGCCCUAGACACCCGGCCUUAGUGCUGGCUGAGGAGGCGGCGCGCGCGGGGCGGCCGGGCGGCGGCGGCGGGGCCCGCGCCGUCAUGCCGUGGCUGAGUGGCGGCAGGCGGCGACGGCGGGGACAGACCCGGGAGGCCCAGCGGGAGCCACCGCCGCCCGCGCAGCCCCAGCGAGAAGCGCCGGUGGCGUCCCCCGCUGUAGUCCCCGCACCCUCGGUGCCCUCCGUGUCGCCCCCGUCGCGGACCAGAGAGAGUUCCGAGCUGCCGCUGCCAGCCGGGUGGGAAGAGGCGCGCGACUAUGAUGGACGCGUCUUCUACAUUGACCACAACACGCGCCAGACGUCGUGGAUCGACCCUCGAGAUCGGAUAACAAAGCCACUGACCUUUGCUGAUUGUGUUGGGGACGAACUUCCUUUAGGAUGGGAAACUGUAUAUGAUAAACAAAUCGGAAUUUAUUAUAUGGACCACAUAAAUAAGCUGACCCAGAUUGAGGAUCCAAGAGAGCAGUGGAGACGAGAACAGGAACGGAUGCUGAAGGAGUAUUUAAUUGUAGCCCAGGAGGCUCUUAAUGCCAAGAAAGAAAUCUACCAGAUCAAGCAGCAGCGGUUCGAGCUGGCGCAGGAGGAGUAUCAGCAGCUGCACAAACUAUGUGAGGAUGAUGGCCGUUCAUAUGCCAGCUCUUUUUCUGGAUAUUCAACAAAUACAAAGUACGACCCACACCAAAUUAAAGCAGAAAUAGCAAGCCGUCGGGACAGGCUUUCCAGAUUAAAGCGAGAGCUGACCCAGAUGAAACAGGAACUGCAGUACAAAGAAAAAGGCGUGGAGACACUGCAAGAGAUUGAUCGGAAGAUGUCAAGUGCUCAUACUAACUACAAACUGGAUGAGGCUCAGGCUAUAAUGAGUGAGCUUCACACCAUCAAGAAAGCGAUUUAUACUGGCGAGAAGGAGCGGCGGGACCUGAUGCAGAGCCUGGCCAAGCUUACUGACAGCUUCAAGAAUAGCUGCUCCAUCACUGACUCUCUGCAAGAUUUCCCUCACAGUGCAGGCACGCACGGCAACUCUGGUGCUCCUCAGCAGUUCUGUGAUACCGGCUCUCAGACAGAUGCCAUGGGGGAGUUUGUCUUUGAUGAUAAAACAAGACUUGUAGACCGAGUCAGACUUAACUGGCAAUAUGAGGAAGCCCGAAAGAGAGUCUCCAAUAUUCAGCAGCAGCUGGCCCAGCUUGCUAAUGAGUCAUGGCCAGGCAUGGCAGAGGCUGACAGGGACCGGCUGCAGCUCAUCAAAGAGAAGGAGGCUCUGCUUCAAGAGCUCCAGCUUAUCAUUCACCAGCGAAGGUCCACAGAAGACAUGGCCCGGUUGGAGGAGGAGAGGAGGCGCCUGGAGGAGGAGAUUCAGCGUGCACGAGCCACAUCUGCACAGGGUGCCACGGAAAGGAUUCUCCUUCAGGAAAAAAGAAAUUGUCUGCUUAUGCAGCUGGAAGAAGCUACCCGCUUAACAUCCUAUCUCCAGUCCCAGUUAAAAAGCCUGUCUGCCAGCACCCUGACAGUGUCCUCUGGGAGUAGCCGUGGCUCCCUGGCCUCCAGCCGGGGUUCUCUGGCUUCCAGCCGGGGUUCUCUGAGCUCCGUCAGCUUCACAGACAUCUAUGGCCUUCCACAGUAUGAGAAGGCCGACACCGAAUGUGGCCAGCUUCUGCGCUUCGAUCUCAUUCCCUUUGAUUCUCUGGGACGAGAUGUCCCCUUCUCAGACCCACCAGGCCACUCAGGCUUCCACAAACAGAGGCGAUCUCUGGACACGCCUCAGUCCCUAGCAUCCCUGUCCUCUCGCUCCUCCCUGUCUUCUCUGUCACCCCCCAGCUCUCCCUUGGACACACCCUUCCUCCCAGCUUCUCGAGACUCUCCCCUGGCACAGUUGGCAGAUGGCUUUGAGGUGCCAGGCCUGGGCUCCCUGGACAGGCUGCGAGCACAGGCCUCUGCCUUGGGAGAUGAAGAUUUGCAGGGUACAGUGUCGCUUCAGCCACAUGGAUUCUCUGGGGACGGGGAAGGAGCUCGUGAACGGGGAUCCCAAAUGGCCAGUGCCCCCAUCAGUGGAACAGUGACUCUCCGGGAAGACAGUGCAAAGAGGUUGGAGAGGAGAGCGCGCCGAGUCUCUGCUUGUCUGUCUGAUUACUCGCUAGCCAGUGAUAGCGGAGUCUUUGAACCCCUAACCAAAAGGAAUGAAGAUACUGAAGAGUCUGCUUUUGGAGACAUGUGCAGUAGUAAUGAUCCCCAGAUCCACGUGGGAUUUCUGUAUGACAGUACCAAUGAAUGUCUCCUUGUGCAUGUUCUACAACUGAGAAAUUUUGCUGGACUGCUGAUGAAGGAAGAGUGCAAGAUCCACAUCCGUGUCUACUUGCCCCCGCUCGACUCUGGCACUCCCAACACCUACUGCUCGAAGGCUCUGGAAUUCCAAGCCCCGCUGGUGUUUAAUGAAGUGUUCAGAAUCCCUGUGCAUUCCAGCAUGUUGACAUUGAAGUCACUUCAGUUAUAUGUGUGUUCAGUGAAUCUGCAGCUGCAGGAAGAACUGCUGGGCAUUGCUCAGAUAAACUUGGCCGACUGUGACAGUUCCAAUGACAUGCAGCUGCGCUGGUACUCCGUCCAGGUCUUUGCCAGCUCUGAGCCCCCACGGUCAAGGGAACCUGUGCGGGUUGCUGAGAGUAUUGCACGGGGCCCCACACAUGCUGGCCUGGGGAAGACGGAUGCGGUAACAGUGCUUCUGGCUCGAACCACAGCUCAGCUGCAAGCAGUGGAGAGAGAGCUGGCUGAGGAGCGUGUGAAGCUGGAGUAUACUGAGGAAGAGAUCCUGGAGAUAGAGCAGAAAGAGGAGCAGGCUGAGGCUGUGUCUGAGAGGAGUUGGCAGGCAGAUUCAGUUGACAGUGGCUGUAGCAACUGCACCCAGACCAGCCCCUCGUACCCAGAGCCCUGUUGUGUUGGUGUCAACUCUGUCCACGGACACACAGUUGCGGGCCAGGCAGAUCCUUACAACCCUGUGAAACAUCAGCCACCACCACUAAAGGUUGACAAGGAAACCACCACCGAAGAUCUCUUUCCAGAAGAAGCCAUGAGCAUUAUAAAGGAGCGACCUAGCCGUCGGGCCCGAGGCUCACCCUUUGUUCGGAGUAGCACCAUCGUUCGCUCACAGACUUUCUCUCCUGGAGCGCGAAGCCAAUAUGUUUGCAGACUUUAUCGAAGUGACAGUGACAGUUCAACACUGCCCCGGAAAUCCCCUUUUGUCCGAAAUACUUUGGAAAGACGAACCCUUCGCUAUAAACAGUCUUGCAGGUCUUCUCUGGCCGAGCUCAUGGCUCGUACCUCCCUAGACCUGGAGCUGGAUCUCCAGGCAUCAAGGACACGGCAGAGACAGCUGAAUGAAGAGAUCUGUGCUCUCCGUGAACUGAGGCAGCGCUUAGAAGAUGCCCAGGUCCGAGGCCAGACUGACCUCCCACACUGGGUACUCCGGGAUGAGCGAUUCCGCAGCCUGCUGAAGGAGGCAGAGCGGCAGACCAGACAGACCAAACUUGACUACCAUCAAGAACAAGUGGCUGAGAAGAUGCUGAAGAAGGCCUCCAAGGAGAUCUACCAGCUGCGUGGGCAAAACCACAAAGAGCCCAUCCAAGUGCAGACCUUCAGGGAGAAGAUAGCAUUUUUUACCAGACCAAGGAUUAACAUACCUCCUCUCCCAGCUGAUGAUGUUUGAUGUAGUGCAUUAUGCACAGGAAGUAUUUAUCUGCCUGAUUUAUUUUCAUGAAUUUCUUAGAUUAGCUAAAUUUGUCUUUAAGAUAUUUGUGCAAAGCUAUUAAUAUACACAUUUUUGUAAAAAACCCAUAUAUCUAUUCAUAUAUAUUUUAUAAUAGUGACGACAACAGGGCUUGGUUUUUCCUUGUUGUGAAAUUGACAUCUCUGAAGACAGGUUAUUUUAUAAAAGAUCAUCUAUCAUGUUGAGAGUGUACAGUUUUUAUGCUGUUUUAUUUGACUUAAAGGCUGGAAGACAGAAACGAAGUGAGUUCAGGCAAAUUCACUGUAUUGUAAUUUAUUUAUAGUACUUUUUUCCUUGAAGGAAAAUACUGACUUUAAGAUGUAUUUUAAGACUGAAAUUUUGUUCUUCCGUAUUUGUCAUGCAGUAGAAUGGAACUUGGGGCCGGUCUCGUUUCUGACACCUGAAACGCAAACACUAUGUGCUAAAUUUGUGACUUGUAUCAGUUUUUCAUAGGUGCAUUUACCAUGUCUAUUGUAUGCUGUCACUCUUUGUGUUAGGUUCAGAUAUCAUCUGUAAUAGUUCAGUUGUACUUAAUUAGCUGUGUCCACAAGCUGUGUGUGCAUUGCAGGGCUCAGUGUCUGUUGUGUCCCGGCCGCUGCUGGCUCUCAUUGCUGUGUUGUCGUCUAAUGCAUCUUUCUGUGCUUACCAUGAGUCUGAAGCUGGUGACAGAGUCUUCGGUGUCCCAGGUUUCAGCGUGCUUGUCUAUGGUGACCAGUGGCCGUUCAUCCUGCCUGGGCUCCUUAGCGCAUGUGCAGCUGGCCUUUGCUACCUCUGGCUGAUUGACAGAUGAGCAGGGUGGGAGUGCUCUCCUGAUCUCUGCUACUGUUUCAUGAAGGAAAGUGGAGAGGGAACUCUGUGUGUAUACAUUUCUAGUGAGCUGAGGCUAAAUACAGCAGUUAAUACGGCAGAGACAUAACCUUUGAAGGUGCUUUUUUGUGUGUGUGGAGAGAAGGACAUACAGGUAACUGGACUUACCCAGAUAAUCAUUUGCAGGAAUCUAUCUAAUUAAAUCAAAAUGCCCCCCCCAUAUUGAAGUCUUCCCAUUAGUUCUCACAAAAUCUUAAUACUAGUUCAUGAGGAAAAAAUAAUAUAAUAAAAAUAUGCCAUGAUUCUUUUAAAUGCCAAAUGAUACAGUUUGCCUGGCACAUACUUACUUCAGAUGAAAUGUGCUCGUUCUGAGGCCUUGAAUGAGAAAUGUCAAAGAAAACAGAACUCUUCCUGGAUCUUUCUUCCCCUCCUGCAGAAAUGCCCUUUUAAUCAGGUCUCUCUUGUCAGUCUAUAACCUCCCUCCUUGUAUAACCCACUUUCCUUUUUAGAUUUAUUAAAAAUGGAUUUUGUAAAAGCAUUUCAUUGAUAAGACCAAUCACAGACAAUAGAAUUUGUCAGUGGUGGCAAGACUGAAAAUUGUAUGCUUUUAAUGGUUGCCAUCUCUUGCUAUGCAUUCCUGAUUCCUGCUUUUAGUCUUGCUUUUUUUGGCCUGGUUUUUGUUUUUGUUUUGUUUUGUUUUUUGCUAAUUCUUUUUGUUUGGACCCACAAUAGAGGUAGAGACCCAAAGCAUCUGUCCUCCUGAGAGCUGUUGAGCAGGCCCUCUGUCUGUGCCCCGUAGCUGGAUGCUGGAGUGUGCGCAGUGUCGACUGUUUCAAGUUCCACACGGCAGAGCUGUCACCGUGUGGCAUGACACCUCAGACGUGGACCUGUGUGCCUCUUUCUAGCAGCUGCCCUGGGGCAGCUAAGGGUUGGUGGAUUGAAGCAGCCUUUCUGCCAACCCUCACUGAGGAGCAGUGUUGAAAAACCCACGGUGCAUGCAGGAAGCCCAAGACAAAUGCUUUCCACUGGAUAUCACUGCUCCCUUUGCACAGAGGUCUGUGUGGAGUGGGAGACCCUUGCCCCCCAGGAAGCACGCAGCCCCUGCUUUCCAGCCAGGGGGAGCAAGAAACACCUGAGCUUGCUACCUUUUGCGUUGUCCUCUCCCUGCCUCCAGACCUGGGUUGCUGACUUACCUUUAAAGCUGGGUGGAAUGGUAGUCAGGAAAGAAAAUGCAGGCGCAUGAAGACAGAGAAGAGCAGCUCUGUGCGCAUGCAUAACAUAGGCAGCUGGCCUGAGCGGGCAGGAGAACUUGGAGCAUCCUCAUUGCUUCUCGUUCAUGAUGGGGCUGGCUUGGCAGAAAACACUGCACACAUCAGACAAAUGAAAGCCUAUGGGUCCAGGGGGUUCCGCCAGCCAUUCCAACUUGUGUGUGCACAGGGCCUCAUGAAAAAAGGAACUGCUGCUUCCUAAGCCGUUCUGGUUGAGAAGUGCUGGGAUCCUGCCACCAGGGUUUGUAGAACUAGCACUCUGUGUAAAAGGGAAUUUGGUUUCACUUUAUCUAAUCACUUCAUUGUCAGGCUUUGGUGAUAAUCUCUGAAAUUAAUCUUCUGUUGUGGGAAUAAGUAAUAAUCAGUACUCAUCUCUGUUUUUGUCCCUGUUCUCUCUGAUUUUGUCAUUUGUAUUGUUUGAAAGUAUUUCUUCUAUAAAAUUAAACUAACCUGCCUUAAGAACAAAAUGGAAGUGUUUUUUUUUUCAAAUUACAAUUUUAUGCAGACUCACACAUAUCAAAACAGAGACUGGGAAUGUAGCCCAGUGGUAGAGUACAUGUUUUAGUAUGAGUGAAGUCCUGAAUUCAGUCCUAACACAC